GAAUUCACUAAAUUAUUAAGAUUAUAAAGGAUAAAAGCAGAGAUAUAUCGAAUCACCAACUUACCAUGGUUGCAGUUUACCGGAAAAGGAAGUUUGAUUGUUCACGUGACUUAAAGAUGGAUACCACAGCAGAAGACACUAAUGGAGAAGAGGGCCUUGGAAAUUUUGAUGUGGUCCCUAAUCUUGGAGUUUUAGACCUUACUUCAGAAGAUUUCCUCCUGGAUGAAGUUGAUUUUCAUAUACAACAAAAUCUGGAAGAUGAUAUUGUGAAAGAAGCUUUGAAAACAGGUGUUGAUCUCAGACAAUAUUCCAAGCAAAUAGAGAAAGAAUUAUUAGAGGUUGAAAAUGCUUCUAUACAGGGAUAUAUCAAAGAGAGCCAAAAUAUUGCCAGUCUUCACAAACAGAUAGCAGCAUGUGAUACCAUCCUAGAGAGGAUGGAACAAAUGUUAAAUGGUUUCCAGGCUGAUUUAAGUAGUAUCAGUAAUGAAAUUCAAACAUUACAAGAACAGUCGAUUGCCAUGAACAUCAAACUCAAGAAUAGACAGGCUGUGCGGGGAGAACUGAGUCAGUUUGUUGACGAAAUGGUAAUUCCUGAGAGUAUGGUGUCACAUAUCGUGGAUACCCCAGUGACUGAGCGAGAAUUUAUGGAACAACUGAAUGAAUUGAAUCAUAAAAUAAAUUUUGUCAAGGAACAGUCGUUUAAAGAGGCUCGCUCUUGCCAGGAUGUCCGUGAUAUUCUUGAAAAACUCAAGACUAAGGCUUUAAGCAAAAUACGGGAAUACCUUCUUCAGAAGAUUUACUCAUUUAGGAAACCGAUGACCAAUUACCAAGUACCUCAAAACACUAUGCUUAAAUUCAGGUUCUUCAAUGAAUUCCUCAUGAGCCAUGAAAGACAAGUAGCCAAAGAGAUUCGUGAUGAAUAUGUGGACACUAUGAGCAAAGUUUAUUAUUCUUAUUUUAAAGGAUACACAAGUCGACUCAUGAAACUUCAGUAUGAAGAGCUUGCAGACAAAGAUGACUUGAUGGGAAUUGAAGAUACAGCAAAGAAAGGGUUUUUCUCUUCAAAGCCUUCUUUAAAGAACAGAUCCACGGUGUUCACUGUAGGAGAUAGAGGGGAAGUACUAACUACUCAGCUUGAAGCUCCUGUUAUUGUUCCACAUGCUGCUCAGAAAAAUGAAACCCGGUAUACAUUUGAAAAACUGUUUCGCAGUCAGCACUACACGUUGAUGGAUAAUUGUUGUCGAGAAUAUUUGUUUGUUGUGGACUUCUUCAUGGUAUCGGUUGGAAGUACAGCAGCUCAGGAACUUUUCAACAGCAUCAUGGGGAAAACACUAUCAAUGUUUUUGAAACAUAUGGAAGUUUACACAAAUGAUUGCUUUGAUUCUAUUGCCAUCUUUCUCUGCAUCCAUAUCAUUAAUCGCUAUCGUACCAUCAUGCUUAAACGCAAUGUACCUGCUCUGGAGAGGUACUGGCAAACACUUCAGGACAUAAUGUGGCCAAGAUUCCAAUAUAUACUUGAACUAAAUAUUCAUAGUGUUAAAGAAUGUGAUCCCCAGAAACUUGGACAAAUUGAUAUCCGGCCCCAUUAUAUCACACGUCGGUAUGCUGAAUUUUCAGCUGCCAUCGUGGGCAUCAACCAGUCAUAUCCCGAUGAAAAGGUGCAUCAGCUGUUAGGUCAGCUUCAAAUUGAAGUAGAAAACUUUGUCCUGAAAAUGGCAGCUGAAUUUCCUCAGCGUAAGGAGCAGCUUGUAUUCCUCAUCAAUAACUACGACAUGAUGCUUAAUGUUAUUAUGGAACGUACUGAGGAUUCAAAAGAAUGUGAAAGUUUCCAAGAGUUGCUCUCCGCUCGAACACAAGAGUUCAUUGAAGAAGUUCUUGCACCUCAUUUUGGUGGUAUGGUUAGUUUUGUAAAAGAAUGUGAAGUGAUAAUUGAAAAAGGAAACUUAGAUGCCUUGAAGAAUGAAGAAAGACGAGUCCAGCAGAUUGUUCGUGGGUUUAAUUCUGAUUGGAAGAAGGCAAUUGAGAUUAUAAACCAAGAUGUGAUGCGUUCUUUCACCAACUUUAAGAAUGGUACUCAAAUAUUGCAGGGUGCUCUCACACAGCUGGUCCAAUAUUAUCAUCGUUUCCAGAAGGUUUUAAGCCAAGGCCCACUGCGUAAUUUACAGAUCCGCAAUGAACUUAUCAAUAUUCAUCAUGUUAUGGUUGAAGUAAAAAAGCACAAGCCAACAUUCUAAUGACAUUCCACUAGUGUUAUCAUUAUCAUCAUCAUCGUUAUUAUUAUUAUUAUUAUUAUUAUUAUUAUUAUUAUUAUUAUUAUUCCAUAUUUGACAAGAAGACAUAAAACAAUAUUGUUGGGUAUACUUGUUCAGUAUAGAAACCUGUCUGCUGGCUUUCUACCAGAUAUAUUGUUAUCAUUGGAAUAAAAGCUGUUUACUUGUUGUAAUUACCCAAUACUUAAAGGACGUUGCCCACACUGAUACACUGUUUGUACACACACAUGUAUGAUGCAAGCACACCAUUCUCUUAAAUCUUCACCAGUUGUUUCCUUUAUUUCUUUUUUAAUAAGUUUAUUCUAAUUUUGUUAUUUUCUCGCUUGGGUUUUCAUCUUUUUUCAGUUGAGGGUAAAUCAAACAUGCAUCAGUCAUUAACUGGCCAUUUAAAUUUUUUUGU